AUGGAUAAUUCAACUGGUUUAUUACCAACCGAAGAAGCAAUAUUAAAAAGAUUAUCAACUUAUCCUAGUGUUGAAGGUAUUAUAUUAACAAAUGAAGAAGGACAACUUGAUUAUACAUCACUUGAUAAUAAUGUAACAUUUAUGAUUACUCCGAAAUUACUUGCUUUUGCUGAAAUGGCUCGAUCAGCAAUACGUGAUUUAUGUCCAACGGAUAAUUUAAUAUCACUCCGUCUUCGAACACGACAAAAAGAAGUUAUGGUUGUUGCACCUAAAGAUGGUAUAAAAGUAAUUGCUAUACAAAAAAUUAAUUUACCACCACAAUCAAUACAACCUGAAAAGGAAUAUAAUGACAAUUUUUGA